AAACAGACGCAGUUUGGGCUUCACUUUUAGUUCGUAAACAAACUUUCUGGUCUGGAAAAUGCUUCCCAAAAGAAGAAUGCUGUUGAAUUCCGACGAAAAGCGCAAAACGCUUCAAAAUGUUGCAAUGGCGAGAGGCCGUUUGAAAGGCGCUUUGAAGCACAAAAACGUAUCGUCUGGCGACAACUCCGAGUCGGAUGAGAGCAUCGAAGAGAAGCUGACGAAAAAACAAAAAUAUGAAGCAUCCCCAAGCCAUCAGCCGUACAUCAUGAAACUGUUUGAUCGCAAUAUCGAUCUGGCUCGAUUCAGGGAGAACUCACCCCUGUACCCGUUGUGUCGCGCAUGGUUAAAGAACCAACCCCGAUCGAAGGAGGGCACCGAGGCUGAACCUAAAAUAACACGGUCCGCUGUCAAACGUGAAUACAACCCCGAUAUCGUCGAACAGUUCAUGAAUGGUGAUCUUAGUGAAAUAACUGAAAUGCCGCGUCCGGAACCUGCAGGUGACAUGCAGCCCUACCUGUUAGAAAAGCCGGAACCCGUGGAAGACAUCGAUCUUAAUGAAUCAUCGUUGGAUAAAGACGAAUUACUUAAUGAGCAUCGUGAAAGAUGGAAAAAGAUACGUGAAAAUUGGAUAUCCCACCGUAAAAACUACGAAACGAAGCGGUACGCGACAAGCUUCAAACUGCUCGAAGCUCUUCACAGGGAAGAUUAACCAUUGGUUGCUUUAGAACUAGGAGAUAUUCACCCUUUAUUAAUAAACGAGUAUAAACUACCUUAA